AUGACGUCAGACAGCCACCGGGACUGGACUUCCUGGUGCACCGGAACAGCAAGCUACGGUGGAUUAAGUUGGGCGCAUCGUCAUCUAUGGGAAGGCGCUCUCCUGCAUAUAACUUGUGCCAGGCCUUUCGCUCCUGUUAAGAACCUAGCAUCAUUUUCAUACAAAAUGAACCGCACAAUCUCCAUCCGUUCUCGCCGCGACCGCGAGCCAGCGAGCAACCGUCACCGCUUCAGCAUCGCAACAUUCCGCGGCCUCCAACAGCCCGAGCUAAGCAAGCGUUUAUCCAAACUAAUCAAAUCGGAGAACAGCGCAAUCGGUGCCCAUGAAGCUGCCGGUCGCGAGCGUGGUUCUAUCGCUGCUCAGCUCUCAGAGUGGGGCGAGUCUACCGAGGACGAUGCCAUCUCCGAUAUCUCGGACAAGCUAGGCGUCAUGCUUGCAGAGAUGGGCGAGCAGGAGGAUGUCUUUGCGCAGAACCUGGAGGAUUACCGGGGUGUUCUGAAGCAUAUUCGCAAUAUGGAGGCUUCUGUUCAGCCAAGCCGGGACCAGCGACAGAAGGUUACGGAUGAAAUUGCGAAGCUGAAGUAUAAGGAUCCGAACAGCCCGCGGAUUGUUACACUGGAGCAUGAGCUUGUUAGGGCCGAGGCACAGAGCUUGGUCGCUGAGGCGCAGUUGUCGAAUACGACCCGAACAAAGCUUAAGGAAGCCUUUGACAUCCACACUGCCGCUGUCAUUGAGCGUGCUGAGAAACAGAUCAUUCUUGCUCGCCAUACCCGCCGCUUGCUUAACUUCAUCGAUGACAGCCCCGUUGUCCCCGGUGACUCUCGUCGGGCUUACGACAAUGAGUUCGAAGCACGCGCAGUUCUCGAGGAUGCGGAGGCUGACCUUCGCGCAUGGCACUCUACCGUUGAGCCCAUUACUUCUUCUGCUGAUGUACAGGCCAAUGGACACGCCGACCACGUGCAGGAUGACGCCGAGUCAGUAUUGACCAACGGUGGUGUUGAUACUACCGGCCCCCCUGAGGAUAUCUCGUCCUCGAAGGAGCUGGAGGAGCCUGCUGUGCUGGCUUCUUAA